UGUUGAUGUGGCGUUUCAAGGCUCCUAACAUCCACUUUCAGUUUCAGUUAACAUUCUCUCAGAGGACUUUAAUCAAACACCUUUCACCUUCAAUUCCAAACACGUUUAAUUCUCACAGAGCCGGCGCGAAAGCGAAAACCUUAACUACCACCAGAGUUCUUAAUUAUUCACAUUUUGAAAACCUAAAUUCCCACCAACAGGAGCAGAUUCAUCUGUACGUUGAUUCCCUUCUUCAAUGGAACGAGAGAAUGAACCUUACGGCUGUUAAAGAGGUGAAUGAAGUAAUGGAAAGGCAUAUCGAGGACUCACUUGCAAUUAUACCUCCUAUAUGUAAUAAUUAUACUUCACAUUGCAGUGAUUCAAGCAACAAUAUCAGCCUUGUUGAUGUUGGAACUGGUGCGGGGCUACCAGGAUUAGUUUUAGCUAUAGCUUGCCCAGGUUGGAAAGUAACGCUUUUAGAGUCAAUGAACAAGCGUUGUGUCUACUUGGAGCAUGCGGUUAGUUUAACUGGGUUGUCAAAUGUUGAAGUUGUAAGGGGAAGGGCAGAGAAUUUGGGGCAAAAUGUAAGCUUUAGAGAGCAAUUUGAUGUAGCAGUGGCCAGAGCUGUUGCUGAAAUGAGAGUUUUAGCUGAGUACAGUCUUCCCCUUGUUCGUGUUGGUGGGUUGUUUGUUGCUGCAAAGGGUCACGAUCCUAAGGAGGAAGUUAGAAAUGCAGAAAGAGCAGUUCAGCUGAUGGGUGCUUCCUUAUUGCAACUGUGUUCAGUGGAAUCUCAGAGCCCAUAUGGACAACGAACUGCCAUUGUAUGUUUGAAAGAUCGCCCUACUCCAAAAAAGUAUCCCCGCGAUCCAGGUACACCAGCAAAAAUGCCACUAUAGAUGAAUUGGAUGCUGGUUCUGCCAUUUGUAUUUACUGCAUUCUCCUUCCUGCACCCCACCAACUGCUUAUGGAUAACUUGUAUUAUGAUUUUUACAUUUAUGCUAUUAAUAACAUAGAUAUAACAGAGAAGAGAAGAAACGUAAUAUUUGGUCUGUUUCUGCAGCAUGAUGAAAUCCAUAUUUUUCUAGUUAUAAUUUUUCGGUAAAUUGUUUUUGAACUGCUGAAGAAAUUUUUCUGGAAAUGGUUGUACUAAACACACUUGCUUAUUAGAGAAAUAUGAUCGGC